AGCAGACUCUGGCCUCUCAGGGGCGGCAGCGAGCGGGGCCCGCGCUCCUGCCGGGUGCGCGGCGCCCCCCGCCAUGAGCCGCGCGCUCGACUGAGCUGCGCGGGCGCCCCCCGGCGCACCUCGCGCGCGCGGACGCGGCGCGGCGCGGCGGCCAUGGUGAGGGUCAGGCAGGCCGGCGGGCAGGUCUUCGCGAUCGAUCCCGGGGACGGCGAGCGGGUGUUCCAGCUGCGGGAGCGCGUCGCCCAACGCCUGGGCAGGAACAUCAGCGCCGUGCGGCUGGCGCCCGACGCCGAGCGGCUGGAGGUACUCCGGGACGACAUGCUCGUCAGCGAGAUCCCGGGCGGGGUAGACGACUUGAAGGUCUUCUCGCCCAAAGUAUGCUUCCGCGACCAGGAGACGGGGGAGACUCUGGCUGACGUCCAGCUGAUCCCCUCUGGCGCGAAGUCGUCGGCCUGCUGCACCACCAUGUGACGCUCUCGCUGCCCGGCCUCUGACCGCUUGGGGCCUCCCCUCGAUCUCGGCAGCGGGAGUCGGACGGGAGGGCAGGGGGGAGGAGGAGAAGGGGAUCUCGGGAUCGAGCUUGCCACUGCAGUAGGCACUGAGGCCAUUGCACCAGCAGGGCUCGUGAACGUGUCGGGAUGGGUUUGUGCACGGUACAUAGCGUGCAGUCGAAAUAGACACUUCCAAUCUUAUCUUGGUCCUUUGCUGUUUCACUAUCAACUGAAUGCCGUCUUCAUUCGAUUUUCCGACUGCGCCUUUCGACUUGUAGAGUGGGCAACUUUCGAAGCAAGCGGCUCUGUGCAUCGAGUGGAGCUCACUGGACAGCCAGUAGUGGCGACUUGAAAGUAUGCUUGCACCUUGCUUGUGAUAAAAUGAUCAGCCGUAAGCCGAUGUAGACAUCGGUUAGUAUGGCCAGGGAGCCCAUGCUUGACCGAUGUGUUUCUGAGCGGCGUUAGUUGACUUUGACGAGGACGCGCUCAAUUCAUAUUGCCGUGAGCCAGUUGUGCCGCUUCAGCUUGUCUCUACGUUCUUUCCCCUCAAUCCUCGUCCUUCUCUCUGCUGAUGCGCCGUCCUCC